GGCCUUCCUGGGUUGCCCGUCAUCAGUUCCAGUCAGCAAGAGAAAGCAAGAAGCCAAGAAGCAACCGCAAUCGCGCACACACACAGAGUACCCACCACCCACCACCACGACCAACACAGCCAGGGGUCGUUACUUUCGCAGCACGGUUCUGUCAUUGGAUUCUCUUCCUCUUCCUCCUCACGUACACAGAAGGUUCAACGGAUACAAAGGACACCCGCCUCACAAAGGGAAAAGCAAUCACCAUGUCAUUGUUUGAUUCAUCCUCCUCGUCACAAGUCGGCUUGCAUAUCGAGCAAGCGACGUCGCACGGCUCGUCGAUCGACGACAUCACCCUCCACUUGGAGAUUUGUGACAUGAUCAACGAGACGCGCGACGGACACAAGCAAGCUGCAAAGGUGCUGAAGAAGAAGCUGAACCCCAAACUGGACGAUGCGACGUUGAUGAAGGCGCUUACGCUGCUGGAGACGUGUGUCAAGAACUGCUCCAAGCGCUUCCAUCUUCAAGUCACAACCAAGGACUUUGUCAACACCCUCGUCAAGCUGCUCGAGAAGACGCGCACGACGCUGGUGCGGGAGAAGGUGCUUGGCAUUAUCCAGGCGUGGGCGGAUGCGUUUCGGUCAGACCCCAACAUGCGCUACCUCUGCAACACGUACCAGGACCUCGUCCUCAAGGGCAUCGAGUUCCCAGCACAGAACCUUGACGAGAUGGCGCCCAUCCACACGCCGGCAGCCACGGUGUCGCACCCCGCGUACUCGGACGACACCCCAGAUGAGGGCGAUGAGGACGCAAUUCCCGUCGACUACAGCAACGGCCACGGCGUUGGCGACGAUGCUCAGGCUGAUGUUGAUGAGCCGCCCCACACGCCAUACGAUGACGGGACGAGCGGUCCUGCGUUCCCUGCGUUUGACGACGGCGCCGACGCCAACCCGGUGUCGCAGGUCAUGUCUGACGAGGAGUACGCGCGCCAACUGUCCCAGCAGUUUGCACAAGAAGAGCAUCGGCAGCCGCAACAGCAACAACAGCCAAUGCAACAGCAUAUCGUGUCGGUGCCCGAGGGCCAGCGCGUGAUGGCAUCGGAGCAGCAGCAGGAGAAGUUGCGUCAGGAUUUGCUGAUUGUGCGCAACAAUUGCGAAAUGCUGCAUGAAAUGCUCAGUGCUCUCGACCCUGAUGCAACACUGGAGGGCCAGGAUGUCAUUCAGGACCUCCACAACGCGUGCACGCGCAUGCAAUCGCGCCUCAUCGACCUCAUCAGCCAGCUGCAGAACGAAGACCUGCUCAGUGAGUGUCUGGAUGCAAACGACAAGGUGUCGUCCGCGAUUGAGCACUACAACGACAUCAAAGAGCGACAGCAGCGAAAACAACAACAGCAACCGCAAGGCGAACAGCAAGGUGGACAGCAGCCAACGCUGGCGCAGCCAACACAGGUCUCUGUCGCAGCCACCACCGCUGAUCCAUUUGCACCCCACCACCAAUACCAGCCAGCAGAGACACAACAGCAACAACAGCAACUGCAGCAUGUGCACAGCCCUGUGUCGAGUGUUGGUUACGGCGACCCCUUUACACUUCAGCCUAGCCCCGCGCCGGAGAGCCAAACUCAGCAUGACUAUGCAUAUGGUGAUCCGUUUGCGUCGCGGCAGUCUGUGGACCUUGGUGUGACGUCACCAACAGAGCACGUGCAAACGCGUGACCCUUCGACCGAUGGCCCGAACGCAACCAGCGGCACAUUUGCAACCAAGUUUGACGAUCCCUUUGGUGUUCCCGAGCCGUUGGAGGUGCAAGAUGCGCAAGAAAUGCCCUCUGCGCACCAGCAGCAGCUGGCACCGACGACGACGACGAUGACGCUUCAGGGCGCAACCACGUCCUCAUCGCAUGUCGACGCCGACGAACACACGCACGCAGACGUGGACGAGUUUGACCCAUUUAAGCAGCACGAGGGCACCAUGGCCGAACGAAGAAUGCAGGCCACAUCGUAUGAGGUGCCUGAGCCCGAGAGCAACAUGCGCACGUUUUCGACCGCGCUUCACGGCCAGCGCAGCCAACAACAACAGCAGCCGCAGCAGCACGCAAUGCCCCAGUUUGAUGACAUGGAUGAGCCGGACACAAUGGACUUUUCCUCCCUCUCCCUCGGCCGCCACCAGCAGGCCACCGAUGAGGAUGACGAGUUUGACUCCCUGCGUCGCUCGCGUGAGAUUGCACCGGCUGUGGACUCCCGACGCAAACUCGAGCUGGAAGAGAAGGACAACGACCUGUUUGGACUCUGAGCGAAUUUUCCCCUUGAUUUGGCUUGAAUGAACGAACAUGGGCGGAUGCGAUGGUAGAACAACCUUUCAUCUUUCACCAUCGCCAUCAGCACCCCAACCAUUCACCACCCACCACGUGCUUCCUCUCUGCGUCCUGCUUGCUUGCCAUGCAAUGUUGCAGAACGUCGCUGCUGCCCCUGCGCGUUUCCUUUUCCCUUUGUCAUUUGCUUGUCUCCUCCUGCCUCUCUUCUCCAUGUCUUGCUUGUGGUGUUUUGCUGGUGUUUUGCUGGUGCAGCCGUGUGGAUGUAAAGGUCCCUGCGUCAUUCGUGUGCACGUGUACUCGACAUAGCCAAGCCUCACGUCACAUUAUGGCGUACACACACACACACACACACACACAC